AUGGGAAUGAGUGCUCUUUACUUUGUGGUGACUGGCAUUCAGUUCUGGGUGACGGAGUUCUUGGUCUCUGUUUUGCACUUUCAGAAGCUGUCGGUUGUCGCGUUGAGCACGUUUUGCUUCCUUACAGCUCCGACUUCAGGAGUCUGGUUCGGUGGCUACGUCUGUGAUCUUUGUGGAGGAUACCGGGGAGGCGGCCAGCAGCGCGUAGCUGUGCGAGUGACAACUCUUUUUGCAGGAAUUGGCGCGACACUAGCAGUAACUUGUAUUUAUGUGGAGUCAUUCAUUCUCUUUGCUCUCCUUCUUUGGGGUUGCCUUUUCUUUGGGGCAGCUCUGGUGCCUGUUGCUGUGGGCAUCCAACUUGCAAGUGUUCCGCUGCAUCAGCGCAGUAUUUCUUCAGCUUUAAGUCAAUUUGCAUAUAACAUGUUUGGUUGGUUUAGUGCUCCACUGGUUUCGGGAGUUGUGAUGGACUUCAUCGACUGGUGUCACCCAGCUGGGGGCAAAGAACUUGCACUCCGGUUUGGGUUUGAAAUGAUAUUGUGGGUUUCCGUCGUGGGCUUCGCCCUCUUUGCCUUGGCCAACGCUCUGGUGCAACCGACGUUCCCAUCCGAAGAUAUUGAGAAGGAGGAGCUGGAGCUGCAGCUUGCACGCACGCGGAUGCCUACAUUGUCUUUUUAA